CAUUUACAGUUUCUUUUCGUAUCAUAACACAUUUCCAGAGAAUCACUUUGACACCCUCCUAUACUUUUGAUAAUUUGAUGGUUUCAAAUCUGUUUCAUAAGAGAGAGGUUUAUCAAACAUUAACAUGGUUUUUUUUUUUUCUCCUGCAGAUAAUAGAAAUGAGAGUAAGUAUGGAUUGCGAGGGCUGCGUGACCAAAAUAAGGAAGGCUCUCAGAAAACUCAAGGGCAUGUUCAACUUUCAUGGCGUUUCAUAUUUUCUUUCUACUUAAACGUUUCUUUGUUUGUCAUCUUCAUGCAUAAUAUUACACUGGUUAUAUGGCUUUGUAAGCUUCUUGAAGCUUUAGAAGAUUAGUGUUGAUGGCUUAAUUUUGUGUGUGUAAUUUCUUUCAGGAGUAGACAAUGUGUACAUAGACAGGGACAAGCAAAAGGUGACAGUAAUGGGUUGGGCAGCGUCAGACCAUAAAAAGAUCCUGAAAAAAGUUAGGAAAACUGGGAAAAGAGCAGAGCUGUGGCAAUAUCCAUUCAACUCUGAGAACCAAUUUUACUACAAUUACUAUCAAAGGCAACCCAUGAUUAACUACUAUGCAACUGGGCGUUCAUCAUCCUACAACUACUAUGAGCAUGGCUAUGAUGGUCAUGAUCAUGGUUACUAUCAGCCACCGCCGUACUCAACUCUGGUUUAUCAGCAAGCCAGCUCUAUCUUCAGUGAUGAAAAUCCCCUUGCUUGCUCCAUUAUGUGAGCUAUAUAUGCGUACGUGCAAAUAAAGAUAUCUUUAAGCAUAUGUGCUUACUUUUUCUUCACUUCUGUCUUCUAAUAAUUGUAUCAAUUUUGUGUCCGUCGAAGAAUUUCCUUGUGCCUUCCGCUUGUAUUUGUUUAAGUUCGCUUGGCGUUUUGUACGUGUUCGGAAAAGGA